AUGUACUCCAUGUUCCCCAUGGUCGAGAAGUCGUACCGUGUCAACAUCACGGACGACAUCGAGCGUGACUUGCGCUUCCUGGGUCAGUCGCGUGUAGAUGCACUCACUUCGCCGUUCGCGAUGAAUCCGGUGAAGGAGAAGAACGGACUGAAGCUGUUCGAGCUCUGCGAGAAGGAGUUCUACACUAUGAAGGCUGUGACGACAGUCCAUGCACCGAUCCAGGAAGUCCUGCACAUGCUCAAGAUGGAUACAACAGCUAAGCUUCGCGAAGUUAUGGGUGAGAUCUUCGGCACACUCUUCCUGGACGGCGUCGUGCUGUACAAGAAGCCAGAGUCCGCGUCGCGACCUAACGAGAGUCUAUCGAUCAGUUGGACUGCAUUACAGGCGUCCAAGCCCAAUCUACCACACCGUGACUAUGUAUUCUUACGUUAUGGCGAUGUCUUCGAGAAGAACUUGGAGCACGGCAGUAUGUACCAGAACAACGGAUCGGGUCUGUACAUUGGCUCCUCUAUUUGGGAAUCUAUCGAACUAGACGGCUGUGAACCUCUGCCCCCGUCUCAGAAUGUGGUGCGUCUUCGUAUGCGCCGCUCAGGGAUCGUAGUGGAGGAAACAGCACACGACGGUCCGCUGGAGAUCUCGCUCUUCCUAUCUGAAAGCCACCCGGGUCGUGACGCGGUAUCAACUCUCACACGCACAUGGAUGACCAAAGUGGUUAGCUGCGUUGCUCAGGUCCCUAACGCUUUGCUCGCCCGGGCUUUAGGCUCACAAAGCUUGUUAACGAAGCGCGACUUCCGCAAGGACGGUCCGAAUUGCUACAUGUGUCUUAAGGCUUUUACCGUCUUCCGUCGCAAACACCACUGCCGCGUCUGUGGUGACGUCGUGUGUAGUAGCUGCUCGGAGAUGAAGACUUUACGCCAAUCCAAUGCUAACAAGGAGGUGCGUCUGUGCCGUCAAUGCCGCACAGCUAGCACGUCGUCCAUCCUGUCCUCGAACAGUGGCUCCAAUUCGAUCUCACUGUCUCAAACGAAUGCAAGUCACCGAAGUAUGCAGAGCGUCACGAGUUCUGUGGACAGCUACGAGCUGGAUGCAAGUAACAUCUCCAUUUCUGGCAGCACCACGAGCGUGUCGGAAUCGUACAGCGAGACUGCUCGUCCGAAGACGUACCCGUUGAAGAGCAACGGGUCGUUCCGUCGCCAGCGCUCUACCGACAGUCCCGCGCCCAACCCAGCCACCGAGUUCAACCGAGGUGGCCACAGUCCCGUUAAGGAGGACUUCGACACGAUAUCCGAGUUCUCCGAGUUUACCGAGUUCCAGUGGACGGACGAAGUGUCUCGACCGAGUGUCGAAGACCUUGCACAGCUAGAGAAGAAGCUCACUGUGCAUGCGAAUACGCCGUUUAACUACGCACUGAAAUACAGCAGUCGCCAAGAGUGGCCAAAGGCUCCAAUUCCGUCUAACGAGGCUGCUCGACUUAAGAAGGUGCGUGAGCUGCACUUGGCCGACCCUGGCAAGCAGUUCCAGGAGAUGUGUGAGUAUGCUGCUGCCGAACUGGGCUGCCAGAUUGCGGCGAUCAGCUUUAUAGGCGACAAGAGUGGGUUCCUGAUGGCCAAAGUAGGGCUGGACAAACGUGAGCUGCCUCGAAACAUGCUCAUGGAUGCCCACGCGAUCAUGACAACACAGCCUACAGUGAUUCUGGACGCGACCGAAGACCUGCGAUUCGUGAACAAUCCGCUCGUGACCGACGGACGGGUGCGAUUCUUCGCUGGUUUCCCCAUGGUCACUGCGGACGGCCACGUUGUGGGCUCCUUCAGUGUGGCUGACCAGUUUGCCCGUGAGUUUCUACCUGGAGACAAGUAUCUGUUCUUGCGUAACCUCGCGGAUGUUGCUAUCCGUGGCGUCGAGCAGAAUACUCUGAUGAGCCUGGCAGUACGGAGAGCUGGCGGCAACGUUCACAAGGUCAAGUCGACGAUUCAAGCACCACCGCCUCCAGGAAUGAAUGUCGCCGACGCAGAGCUCACCAUGCAGGAAUUGCUGCGAACUGCGUAUACGACCCAGUGCCAAGUCCGCAUGCACGUCAAUCCCCUGUCCGAUUGA